CUAGAAGUUAUGCAUUAUACCUGCCCAUUUCGCGGACUCUCAAACCUUGCAAGCCUACGCGCGUGUGAAAUGGCUACAAUUCCAAAACCCUGAGCUUGUGCGACUGACCGAAACUCUCUAGAUAACAAGAAUGGAAGAAGAUUAUGCUAAACGCUCUGAGCGCGUGAAGGCGCUGCUCAGUCAAUAUUAUGGGGAUGGCUCGGCCGGACCGGCAGCUGGAGCUCCUGGCCAGUCAGCUCAGCAGCCGAGCGCUGCCCCAGGACGCGGGCAACAGGGUGGCCAUGUAGCUGGACUAGCGGCAAUUGACACGCCCACGUUCAACGCCGAUCAACAUACCUCAGACAUCCUGCGCAUUUUCUCCCUGGAGAAGCUGAUGGUAGAGCACCGCAACAUGGCACGGGAGAUAAAGAACCUGGACUCGGACAUGCAGCAACUGGUCUACGAGAACUACAACAAGUUCAUCACUGCGACUGACACCAUCCGCACUAUGAAGUCGAGUGUGGACAACAUGGAGUCGGAGAUGCAGCGGCUGGAGCAGACUGCGAGCGUGGUGGCGGAGAAGUCGUUGUCCGUCAGCAACAAGCUGCAGCAGCGGCGAGAGAGCAUGGAACAGCUGUACAAGGUGCAGCGGCUGUUGCGCAAGCUGCAGACGGUGUUUGAGCUGCCGCGCAAGAUGCGUGCGGCACUGGAGGAGGAUGCGCUGGACACGGCGGUGGGGCUCUACGCGGAGGCGCAGCCGCUGCUGCACAAGUACGGCAACCGUGGCACCUUCAAGGUCAUUGCGCUGGAGAGCGACUUUGUGGCCCAGGAGAUCAGCCAGCUGCUGAAGAAGCGGCUCACGGAGCGUAAGGACGACGCGGAGCAGUGCGUGCUACUGCUGCGCAAGCUGGGCGAGCCGGAUGACACGCUGCAGGACAAGUACCUGUCGGGGCGUGUGGCGCGCAUCAAGCGCGUGCUAGCGGAGGCGGCGGUGGUGGCGGACGCCAUGGCGGCAGCGGCGUCGGGCCAGCAGCAGGUGCCGCUGCCCAACAAGGCGCAGGUGGCUGCGCCCGAGGCGUGGAACUGGACGGCUGCGGGGCCGCCGCCUCUACGCGCCUUCGUGCGGAGCCUGGACGAGAAGUUCAUCAGCGGCGUGCAGGAGACGGUGGUCAACGUCAUCCGCUUCUUCCUGCCCGAGGGCUCCGAGGACAGCCCCGAGGCCGCCGCUGCCAAGCGCAAGCCCCUGGUUGCGCUGUCGCGGGAAUUGUUCACCGAGUACUUCGGCAUCAUACGGCGGGUGGUGACGGACGCAGCAAAGGCGGGCGUGCUGCGGGGCUCGCUGCUGCGUGAGGCGCGCGCGGAGGCGGCGGCCGCGGCUGGUGGCAAGGGCGGGCCGGGCGGCGCAGCGGCGGUGCUGUCCGUCAACUCGCCCUCGCUGCAGCAGCUGGGCAGCGACUGGGGCGCGGAGCCCAUUGCACAGGCUCUGUCCACGGUGUCCACGGACGUGGGGCUGCUGGCCACGCACCUGCCCGAGCUGGGGCUCAAGGAGCGGGCGGCCGAGGUGGUGCAGGCCGCGGUGCAGCAGCACGUCACCCUCUCAUUCGCCGCCCUCAAGCAGCGCGUCAUAGACGCCGCCGUGUGCGUGCGCACCGCGCUGCAAGGAGCGCCCGGCGGCGGCGCGGCGCAAGGCGGCGCCGAGGCCGGCGCGGGCAGCGGCGGCGGCGGCGGCAGCGGCGCGGGAGGUGGUGGUGGAGGCGGCGGCGAGGCGCGCGGGGGUGUGCUGCGGGCGGGCAGCGAGUACCUGGUGGAGCUGCUGCAGCGGGGGCUGGCGGCGCUGUUGCAGGGGCUCCGCGGCUAUGAGUCUGCGGGCGGGCCGCGGCUGCUGGCCAGCUGGCGCGACGCGUGGGUGGAGCUGGUGCAGGGUGGGCUGCAGGGCUUCUUCGUGGGCCUACUCACUGCCAGCUUGGAGCUGGCGGCGCUCAGGUACGACGGCGGUGACCUGAUGCGCGAGGCGCUCAAAGCCGGCAGCGGCACGGCGGCGACGGCGGGGCCCGACCUCAUGGGGCCGCCGCCGGGCGCCGCGGCGGGCGGCCAGGAGCUGCUGGUCAAGCCAGCGCUGGUGCUGCUGCUGGCCAAGCUGUGCAAGUUCUUGGAGCAGGUGAUGGUGCCCUGGGUCAUGGAGACCAUCGCCGCCUCAUUCGCCAGCAGCGGCGGCCCAGGCGGCGGCCCAGGCGGCAGUGUGGACAUGCCGCCGGCAUUCGUGCCCGGAGAGGUGGCCCGGCGCCUGUCCGCAGCCUCCAGCGCCAUGGUGCUGGCGUACGUGGAGAUGCACGGCCGCCAGUUGAGCGUCAUGGUCCGCAGGUCCACCGGCUCAGUGAGCUGGCUAACGUGCAAGGAGCCGCGCGGCCCGCGCCCCGUGUGCUCGCUGCUGCUGGAGCGACUGGCCAAGCUGCAGGCGGAGGCGGCGGCGCUGCUGGAGGAGGGGGACGGCGUGGCGAGCAUGCUGGGCGGCGGCGGCGGCGGCCCAGGGAGAAAGAGCGACGAGCACCACCGCGGCGCGGGCGACGGGCGGGGCAUGUACGGCGGCGCGGGGGCGUUCGGCGGCGGCGACACGGCGGCCGUGGAGCGCAACGUGGCGAAGCUGUUCCGGGAGAAGGUGCAUAUGACGGGCUCGGUGGCGCUGACGUGCCCGGCCAUCCUGGCGGCUGUGGCGGCUGUGGCGCUCAAGAGCUUGCUUGAGAGCAUCCGCCUGGAGACGCUGGGCCGGGCGGGGUUGCAGCAGCUGCAGCUGGAUGUGGCGUUCCUGCGGCCUCAGCUGCGGCGCUGCCUGCUGCGCGGCGGCGGCGGCAAGGGCGACGGCACGGCGGUGGUGGAGCAGCUGCUGGAGGACGUGGUGCUGUCGGGCACGGAACGCUGUGUGGAGCCGGCGCUGCUGGAGGCGGCGGUGGUGGAGCGCAUCCUGGCCAGCGCGUCCUCCGCCGAGGACCGCUGAGCAUGCCAUGGGAAGACGUGUGGCCCCAGGCAACGGCUGGUCCACACAUUCCCACGAGCAUCAGAUUUUGCAUGCUGUCUAUGUCUUGUAAAUGCGGAUGCGUACGGUACGGUAUGCGGAUGCGUACGGUAUGGAUCAUGUUCACGGGUUUGCAAGUUGCAAGGGUGCCAAGGCCGAACGCUGGACUGCGCUAGAUACGAUCAACUGGUGUAAGAUGGCGCGGCUCGCAUUGUCGCAUGCUACUGGGCCCGAGCGAGCUGCGCACCGGUGCGAGCUGCGCCAUUGUCGCUCCAGCUACGUAAACAGCCUGGCGUCAGUUCAUGGCUCUCUAGUCUCUCCACCUAGCUAGCUCCGGCGGGAGCCCAACUGCAACCUUACCGAUCCUAACACUGCUGAGUCAGGGGCGCACGUGCUGCCUGGUGCUGCAGGGCACAGCAGCGCGAACGCGUGGUUUGUAUCCAGCGAUGAUUUUGAAUCUGGCAGGACCAUGCGCUGCACUAGGGCAGGUGUUGAUCAGGAGCACGUAGCGACAGGGAAGGCCACAAGGGGGCCAGCAUGGGGAGCUGGAUGCUAGCGCAGUCGCACUCAGCCGCU